UUCUGGCAUUUUAACAAUUCCAUUUAACUCAAUCGCUGCCAAACUUUAAAAGGGCUCAAUCACACACGUUCAGGGAGAGGUCGAGGUUUAAAUUCUGAAGGAGAGAUCUUAAAAACAAACAAACAAACAAACAAACAAACAAAAAAAACAAGUUAUAGUUUUCCCUUUCCCUGCUGCACUCCCGCCUCCCGCAGCACAGUGUGUCCCUUUGCCAGCGCACGACGUUCCUGGCUACCAGAAUCGUGUGUAGUCAUUUGGAAGUGGACAUUACCGGCAGAAGAACGAUACAGACCACAGCGUGCUAAAGAAGUUAGAAAGCUUGUCUGAUUAGGUGAUGUAGGUGAUUUCCUUUUGGAAAACUAAAAACAAAUCACAACUGGGGCUUAACCUACCGACUGAGGGAGUAACACAUUUUGGAAACAGUGGAAUGGUUAUAUUUUCCACGGUGCUGGAGUAUUCAAAGGCAAUGCUGUAUACAUCUCUGAACAACAUCCUGGAGAAAUGAUUGGAGAUUCACAAUUGCACAAGCGCUGAAGCCGUACCAGUGCUAACAAGCCGUGGUAAAUUAUUAUCAACAGAAGGAGGAAUAAACCGAAAAGGGGUUACUAUUGUUUCUCAGCUUGUCUGGCUAACGUUGCUGUUGGAUUUAUCAUGAUUGUAAUGAAUAUUUUCGGACUCUUUCUCCUGUUAGAUGACAUUGUACAUUCCCUGGCCAGUUCAUCUGUCCUAUCUAGCACUGGGACCCAUGGAUGGAGAACUCCGGUGGACUGUGUCAAAGCAAACGAGCAGUGCGCUGUGGAUUCACUAUGUAGCUCCCGCUACCGGACCCUGCGCCAGUGCUUGGCUGGCCGAGACAGGAAUACCAUGCUUGCAAACAAAGAGUGCCAGGCUGCGUUGGAGGUGCUGCAGGAGAGCCCUCUGUACGACUGUCGCUGCAAACGAGGCAUGAAGAGGGAGCUGCAGUGCCUGCAGAUUUAUUGGAGCAUUCACCUUGGCUUAACUGAAGGAGAACAGUUUUAUGAAACUUCACCUUACGAACCUGCGAGUUUCCGCCUUACUGAUAUAUUCCGACUUGCUUCAAUCUCCUCAGGAAUGGACCCUACUGCCGCAAAAGGAAACCACUGUACAGAUACUGGGAAACCUUGUAACGCGUGCUUGGAUGCUGCAAAAGCCUGCAAUUUAAACAAUGAUUGUAAAAAGCUGCGAAGCACCUAUAUCUCCACCUGCAUGAAGACCGUCUCUCCGGCAGAACCCUGCAGCCGUCGAAAAUGCCACAAGGCCCUAAGGCAGUUUUUUGAUCGCGUGUCGACCGAGUACAGCUAUCGGCUGCUUUUCUGCUCGUGCCAGGAACACGCGUGUGCCGAGAGACGAAGGCAGACGAUCGUCCCCUUCUGCUCCUACGAGGAGAAAGUAAAACCCAACUGCCUGGACCUGAGAAACUUGUGCAGGACUGAUCAUCUAUGCAGGUCAAGACUGGCAGAUUUUCAUAUGAACUGUCAAACAUCAUUAUAUUCAGUUACCAGCUGUCCCAAUGACAACUACCAGGCAUGUCUGGCUUCCUAUUCUGGACUGAUUGGGUUUGAUUUGACCCCAAACUACGUUGACUCCAGCAGCACUAACAUUACCGUGUCCCCCUGGUGCUCUUGCAAAGGAAGUGGGAACAGGGAAGAAGAGUGUGAAAAAUUCUUGAGGGACUUCAGGGACAACAGCUGUCUCAGAAAUGCAAUUCAGGCUUUUGGAAACGGAACAGAUACAAAUCUAGCACCCAAAACCCCCUCCAGUUCUGUAACUCAGUCAAUUAAGACAACAGUCACCGAAGCCAUACCUAAGCCAUCUGUCAACCCCAUCGAUAUUAAACCAGGAGAUGAUGCCUGUGUCUUCCCAACGUGUGCCAACCUUCAGGGCUAUUCCAGUGGAUGGGUCACUUACUCCCUAAAAUAUGAAAGUGGACCAAAGUGUAACCUCGCCAAAGAUCAAACGUUCUGCCUACCUGAAGUUAGUCCCUCAAACCCAAAUACUCCUGCUGAACCGGAAAGCUUCCCGAAGACAGGAGAUAUGAACGACAGAUCAGUUGCCGUCAUCUUCUACGGCAAUGCAGUGUUUGUGCUGCUUUCCUGCUUGACGGUGAAAUUGGCUUUCUAAAAAGUUGAGAAGAAAAACAACAUCUAACAAAUAACCAACAAGAAACUACUUUCUCUCAUGUUUUCGUUUAGAAACUGAGAUUCCUUGAAGACAUAUCAAAGGCUGCAGACCACAUUGUUAGGAAGAGAAGUUUGGUUCUAGUUUAAGCUAGCACUAGAUUCCAAAGUCAAAUAGACUCCAAACUGUGCAAACCACUUGGGCUUUUCUCUUCCUAGAAGCUCAGUAGAUCGAUUGCUAACUUGGAUGGUAAAGCCGGAUGUUUUUUUUUGUUUCCUUCUCAAGUGCAAUGCUCGUGGAACACUGACUGAAAGACUUUGCUUCUUUGUGGCAUAUUGUUUCAUUUUCCUCAACCCCUUCCACCCAACUUAGUGGAGAGACUCAUCUGUGUGUAGCAGUUUCAGAAUUUCCCUAGGGUUAUUUUAUUUAACACUAAAGUCACCCAUCCUCCCUACCUCCUACCCCAACAGGCCCUGUGCUUGCUUUUUUUUU